CGUGCGCAAACAAACGUCAACCUGUUCAUUAAUUUAUAACCUAUAAGUUUUUCGAUUCCCGAUUCAUAAAUAUUAAAUUCUUCGCUAAAAUGGUAUUUAAAUCCGGUCAAAAUGAUAAAAAAAUUAAAUCUAAAACAUCUGAAGAGAAAGGAAUAUGGAGCAAAGCAAUAGUUCCCAUGUCGGAAUGGAACGACAAGGAUGAAUUUUUGGAUGUUAUCUACUGGUCGAGACAGGUGCUUGGCAUUCUUAUCGGCGUAGUGAUGGGUUUGAUCCCAUUGAAAGGAUUCGUGGCAUUAGCUUUGUUUGCGUUAGUCAAUAGCGGUGUCGUUUAUCUUUAUAGCAAUAAUUUUCAGAAGAUAGACGAAGAAGUGUACGGUGGAAUGUGGGAGGUUAUUAAGGAAGGUUUUAUGACUUCAUUUGCCUGUUUUCUCGUCACAUGGAUCAUUUUUUAUACAGGUACACAUUUUGAUAGUUUAACAAUAGAUGAAAUGAAUUAAUUGAAUAAAAAUGAUGAAAAAA